AUGAAAAGUACGGGCAGUAAAUGGCAAUCGCAUCGAAAGUUGUUGACUCCAGCCUUUCAUUUCAAGAUUUUGGAGAACUUUUUGCCCACAAUUAUAAACCAACAAAAUAUUAUGCAAUCAUUGAUUGACAAACAGAUUGAGGACAACGACGGCGUUGUUGACGAUAUGAGAAACUUGAUUACAAACUACACACUCGAUGCUAUUUGUGAGACGGCAAUGGGUGUGACUGUAAGGGCUCAACAAAACCCAAACUCUGAUUAUGUGGAGGCGAUUAGACGUACGUUUGCGGUCUCUAUACUAAGAUUUAUAAAGCCGUGGCUUUGGCCCGAUUUCACCUUUUAUUUGAGCUCUUUGGGCCGUCUUCUGCAGCGAAGACUCCGUAUAUUACAUGGAUUUACAGAUUCUGUCAUCAAAGAAAGAAAAACAGAAAUAUUGGAUAAGAUUAAGGACUUAAACAAUAAUGAUGUGAACAAUAACUAUAAGAACGGGAAAUCGAUUGGCGAUGCGAUCGAUGAGGCGAUGACCAGAAUCGGUGCCAAACGGCAACUCGUAUUUCUCGAUACACUACUUAAUUAUCACUUCAAGCGACCCAAUCAUAUGUCCGAACUGGACGUCAGGUCACAUGUGGACACAUUCAUGUUUGGCGGACACGACACCACUGCCAGCUCUCUCAUGUUCACCAUAAUGCUCGUCGGCCAACACCCGGACGUACAGGUGUGCCGAAUACACGAAGAGUUAGACAAUAUCUUCUCGGAUGACACGACACGGGAGAUGACUGUCGACGACUUGCGACGACUCAAAUAUUUGGAUCAAUGCGUUCGGGAAUCUCUUCGUCUCUUUCCUCCCAUUCAGAUCAUUGGCCGACAAAUUGAAGCCCCGUUUACGCUGAAGAAUGGAUACCAUAUCCCUCGGGGCACCACGUGUUACAUACCCCUGAUAUGUCUGCACAGAGACCCGCACCACUUUCCCGACCCGGACGCGUUUGACCCUGAUCGAUUCGGGUCGACACCCGGUGGUGUGGCGGCCGACCGGCACCCGUACGCGUACGUGCCCUUCAGUGCCGGUCCUCGCAAUUGCAUCGGACAG